AUGGUGGAAUUCACUGUAGCAGAGUAUCUCCCCAUGGCUGAUACUACCCCUCUCAUGAAGAAGAGCGCCAUCGCAAAUGGAACAGAGAAACCGGCGACGCCGCCGACGCCUCCUCUUUGGUUAUCUUAUGUCAAGCUGACUAGGAUACACAAGUUUCCUCUCGGGUCCAUGCUGAUGUUCUGGCCUUGCGCAUGGGGUGUUACGAUGGCAGCAAUUGCUGUCGGACUACCUUGGAAGUCAUUGGCAUUGAACACAGCAUUAUAUCUGGUCGGUGCUACCCUCCGGCACAGCGCAGGCUGUGUCUGGAACGAUAUCUGUGAUAUUGACUUCGACCGCAAAGUUGAGCGCUCCAAAGGACGACCCCUCGCAGCUGGCUUAGUCUCUGUUGCUGGCGCGUUUAGCCUCUUCCUUGUUCUAACCCUCCUUUGUAUUGGCCUUCUAGCGUUCGUUAACAGUGAAGCGUUGCGAGCUGGACUGUUUGGCCUAUUCUUCCUCGAUCUACUCUAUCCUUUCAUGAAACGAUGGACGCACUGGCCACAGGCUUGGCUUGGCCUCGCAAUGAACUGGGGCGCGCCCGUGUCCUGGAUCGCAAUCACCGGAAGCGUUGACUGGAGAGUUGCUCCGGCUCUACUCCUUGGUGGUGUCUUCUGGACGCUCCACUACGAUACGAUCUAUGCUUGCCAGGACAAGCACGACGACGUGAAGGCGGGGGUCAAGUCCACAGCGGUCCUCUUCGGCGAUGCCGUGCGCUCGAUCCUUGCGUGCUUCUCCGCGCUGUUCAUGGCGUGCCUCGCGUAUGCGGGCUGGGUGGCGCAGCAGGGCCCGGCAUUCUUCGCAGUGGCAAUUGCAGGCGGCACGCUGCACCUCAUAUGGCAGCUGCGGACUCUCGACUUUGAUUCGGUCAACGAUUGUCUCAGGAUGUUUAAGGCGAAUGAUGAUCUUGGAUUUCUCAUAUGGGUGGGUCUGAUGGCGGAAUAUGUCCGCGUAGUUCUGCUCGCGUGA